AGGUACGUGUUUGGAAAGCAUGCUGUUUACGCUUCCUUUCUUCUGAUUCCUGCAAAACCAAAACUCCAUUUUUUUUCCUUUUAUUUUCCUUUAUUAAAGAAGUUUCACAUCUGAGUCACUCUCUCUAUGUAGCUGACCUCUAAUUCUUCGAUCUCCGAUCAGUUCAUAGGAGGAGAUGGCGUCUUCUUCACAUAAUGUUGAGUUGGAGGCGGCGAAGUUUUUGCACAAACUCAUUCAAGAUUCUAAAGAUGAGCCAGCGAAGCUGGCAACAAAACUUUAUGUGAUAUUGCAACACAUGAAAUCUAGUGGGAAGGAACAUUCAAUGCCGUUUCAAGUAAUAUCAAGGGCAAUGGAGACUGUUAUCAAUCGACAUGGUCUUGAUCUUGAGGCUUUGAAGUCAUCACGGCUUCCUCAAACUGCUGGGUCUCAAACAGUAGAUUCUGCAUCGGGACAAUAUGCUGGAUCUUCUCAGGCUGUUGCAGUUCCAAAAGAUUCUAAAGCAGGACUGGCCCACAAUGAGAUGCCUAAAUUUGAUCCAUUUUCAUCCAGCAGGCCACUGUUUGGCCCAAGCAUUGCUGGACAUGAGUAUUAUCAAGGAGCUGGAACUCAUAGGGGUAGUCAGUCUUUUGAUCAUGAAAGCCCAUCUAGUUUGGAUACGCGCUCUGCUAACUCACAAUCACAAGACAAACAAAUGAGUCAAAAUGAUUGUAAAAAGGCUGCGACUAAGCGAAAGAGGGGUGAUUCAUCAUCACCAUUGGAAACAAAUUUUGACAAUUCCCAGCAACUUGAUUCUCGUAAUGCUGUGAUUGAUCCAAGGAAAGGGAAGAUGAAUAAGGCUGAACCAUCUGGCCCUGCUAACUACAAUAUGGUCCCAAAUAGUGGCCAAAUGGAGCAUUUUCCAUCCUUACCUGGUACUAUGAGAUCAAUGCUUAGAGGUAGACAGGAUGGUCAGAAUAUAACAGAAAACCUAGUGGAUUCAACAAACAUUAACAAUUUGAUGUCACGUGCUCCUAGUUCAAAGUAUCCUGAAGAAGUGGAAGUUUCUUCCACUCAAAAUGCUCCUGGACAGCAGCAAGGGGGACUUCCUGGUGCACAUGAUGGUUUUUCCUCCAGAGGUGGUGUAUGGAAUCAAAACAAGGCGGGGUUACCCUUUGACAGAUCUCAACUUCACAGGUUUUCCCCAAAUGUUGUUUCUGGCAACAUGACAGCAGAAAUUGCAUCUCAGCAGUCAAUGCAUGCAUCUCUUGUACCAGGUGGUUUUGGGAAGGUUCAAGGAGGGCUGCCUGCCACAUCUAACACAUAUCCUGCAGGAGAACUAGUGUUCCCAGGUUCAGGCCAAUUUAGUGGCUCUGAGAGUCAGAAGCAUGGAUUAUCCAAAGGUUCUGCAGGAAGCCCUGAUGGGUUGUCUGCAACACUUUCUGCUGGAAAAGUUUUGGAACAUGAUAGAGGAAGUUCAAAUAUGUUAGCAGAUGCAAAUAAGAUAGCUCAGGUUGGCAGGCAAAAUAGUACCUCAGAAAUGACCAUGCUUAGAGCCACAGCACCAAGAGAUAUGGGAAAGUCUCCUGUCUCCCAAUCUGCCACAAUCUCUGGCAUGCCCUUCAAGGAACAACAUCUGAAACAGCUUAGAGCCCAGUGCCUUGUAUUUUUAGCUUUCAGAAAUGGGUUGAUGCCAAAGAAGCUGCAUCUUGAAAUUGCGCUUGGAAACAUAUUUCCUAAAGAAGUUGGCAAUACAGAUGGCCCUCGCAAAGAGCUGAAUGACCAUAGAGGCAAAGCACAGACUUCCAAUGAGCCAAGUAGCAUAUCUGAAGUUGCAAUGCCGUUUGGAAGGAUGACUAAUGCACCUUCAGGCUCCACAUCUACUGGAAGAUUCCCAGAGGCUGAUUCCUUGUCAAAAGAAGCAGAAAAACUAAGAGUGGAGGAGAAUAAUGGCCCACCUUUUGAUCUUCCAGCAAUUGUGGAUGAAAGGAAACAUAUUCUAGCUACAAGGAAGACAGAGGCUGAAAUUCAGAACCAAGAGACAGUGGAACCACAGGCAUAUUCAACUAUAAUGUUUCGACAGCCUGACUCUGCUUCUACAAAGGGUGGCUUUACUGUUAGUAACCCUGUGGAUAGCAUGGAGAAUGACCAUCUGCAGGUUGGAAAGGCUGAUCUAGCUUCUUCUGUGAUGGGUGCAAAUACACAGGUGAACCCUGAAAUGAUGGGCUGGUCUGGAAUUGGCUGUCAUAAUGAGGUUUCCAGGGCAUCUUUGCGAGCUGCUGCAGUCCAGCAUGAUUUGGUGCUAGAGAGAAAAGAUACUGCUCCUUCUCAGUUUCAAAGUCCCGAGCAAGAUGAGGAAGAUAAAUCUGUGUCAACUGAUUCAUUGCCUUCUCCAAAGCACACUAUGUUGGAGAGAUGGAUUAAUGAUUUGCAGAAACAGAAGCUUUUAGCUGAGCAGAAGUGGUUUCUAAAGCAGCAAAAAACAAAGCAAAGAAUGGUUACUUGUUUCACCAAAUUAAAGGAAAAUGUGAGCUCAUCUGAAAAUAUAUCUGCAAAAACCAAAAGUGUUAUAGAAUUGAAGAAACUCCAAUUAUUAGAGCUCCAACGUCGCCUGCGCAGUGAUUUUCUGAAUGACUUUUUCAAACCAAUUACAAAUGAUAUGGAACGCCUGAAAUCAUACAAGAAACAUAGACAUGGUAGAAGGAUAAAACAACUUGAAAAAUAUGAGCAGAAAAUGAAAGAAGAGCGACAAAAGAGAAUUCGUGAGAGGCAGAAGGAGUUUUUCAGUGAGAUAGAAGUUCACAAAGAAAGGCUGGAUGAUGUGUUUAAAAUUAGGAGAGAACGAUGGAAAGGUUUCAAUAAAUAUGUGAAGGAGUUCCAUAAGAGAAAGGAGCGUAUACAUCGUGAAAAGAUUGACAGAAUUCAGCGUGAGAAGAUUAACUUGCUCAAAAUCAAUGAUGUGGAGGGUUAUUUGCGAAUGGUUCAGGAUGCUAAAUCAGAUCGUGUUAAACAACUAUUGAAAGAAACAGAGAAAUAUCUUCAGAAACUUGGGUCCAAGUUACAGGGUGCAAAGGCUAUGGCAAGCUGCUUUGAGAAUGAUGUGGAUGAGAUGCGAACUGCAAUUGUUGUUGAGAAUGACACUGCUAUUGAGAAUGAAGACGAGGCAAAGCAUUAUAUGGAAAGCAAUGAAAAGUACUACAUGAUGGCUCAUAGCAUAAAAGAAAGCAUCAGUGAGCAACCAACUUUUCUUAAGGGUGGAAAAUUAAGAGAGUACCAGAUGAAUGGCCUUAGGUGGCUGGUUUCACUCUACAAUAAUCAUCUGAAUGGCAUUCUUGCUGAUGAAAUGGGCCUUGGGAAAACUGUUCAGGUUAUUUCUCUUAUUUGCUACCUAAUGGAAACCAAAAAUGACAGAGGACCAUUUUUAGUGGUUGUCCCAUCUUCAGUUCUGCCUGGAUGGGAGUCAGAAAUCAAUUUCUGGGCCCCUGAGAUACACAAAAUUGUUUAUGCCGGGCCUCCGGAAGAGAGGCGUAGAUUAUUCAAGGAGAGGAUUGUACAUCAGAAAUUCAACAUUCUCCUGACAACAUAUGAGUAUCUAAUGAACAAGCAUGAUAGACCAAAACUGAGCAAAAUUCACUGGCACUAUAUUGUAAUUGAUGAAGGUCAUCGGAUAAAGAAUGCUUCUUGCAAGUUGAAUGCGGAUUUAAAGCACUAUCAAAGCUCUCACAGAUUGCUGUUGACCGGAACACCACUACAGAACAAUCUUGAGGAGUUGUGGGCACUGCUCAAUUUCUUGUUGCCUAAUAUAUUUAAUUCAUCAGAGGAUUUUUCUCAGUGGUUCAAUAAACCAUUUGAGAGUAAUGGUGAUAAUUCUGCUGAUGAAGCCCUGCUAUCUGAGGAGGAAAAUUUGUUGAUCAUAAACCGUCUCCACCAAGUUCUUCGACCUUUUGUACUUCGAAGGCUGAAACAUAAGGUCGAAAAUGAACUUCCUGAGAAGAUUGAGAGGCUUGUAAGAUGUGAAGCUUCUGCUUAUCAGAAACUUUUGAUGAAGAGGGUUGAAGAAAAUCUUGGUGCAAUUGGAAAUCCAAAGGCUCGAUCGGUGCACAACUCUGUUAUGGAGCUUCGUAAUAUAUGCAAUCAUCCAUAUCUCAGCCAGCUUCAUGCGGAGGAGGUUGAUAGUUUAAUACCACAGCAUUAUUUGCCACCAAUUAUUAGGCUUUGUGGAAAGCUUGAGAUGUUGGAUCGAUUACUCCCCAAGUUGAAGGCAACUGAUCAUCGGGUUCUUUUCUUUUCCACGAUGACUAGGCUACUUGAUGUUAUGGAAGACUAUCUCACCUUUAAACAGUAUCGCUACCUUCGGUUGGAUGGGCAUACAUCUGGAAAUGAUCGUGGUGCGCUAAUUGAUAAGUUUAAUCAACAAGGUUCCCCCUUUUUCAUAUUUUUGCUCAGUAUUCGGGCUGGUGGUGUUGGAGUAAAUCUUCAAGCUGCUGAUACUGUGAUCAUAUUUGACACUGACUGGAAUCCUCAGGUUGACCUGCAAGCCCAAGCAAGAGCUCAUCGGAUUGGCCAGAAGAAGGAUGUCCUUGUUUUACGUUUCGAAACAGUUCAAACUGUUGAAGAACAAGUCAGAGCUGCUGCUGAACACAAAUUGGGAGUUGCUAAUCAGAGUAUCACUGCUGGUUUCUUUGACAAUAAUACAAGUGCUGAAGACCGUAGGGAGUACUUAGAGUCCCUCCUGCGGGAGUGUAAGAAAGAGGAAGCUGCCCCAGUGUUAGAUGAUGAUGCUCUAAAUGACCUCUUGGCCCGCAGUGAGUCUGAGAUUGAUGUAUUUGAGUCAGUUGAUAAACAAAGGCGGGAAGAAGAGAUGGCAAAGUGGAAAAAGUUGGUAUUGGGAUCAGGGAUGGAUGGCUCCAAGCCUCUACCUCCUUUACCAUCUCGCCUUGUUACAGAUGAUGACUUGAAAGAAUUUUAUGAAGCAAUGAACUUGUAUGACGUACCAAAGACUGGGGCACAGCCUAAUGUUGGGGUAAAACGAAAAGGUGAAUCUCUUGGUGGUCUUGAUACUCAGCAGUAUGGGAGGGGCAAACGAGCGAGAGAGGUGCGCUCAUAUGAAGAGCAAUGGACAGAGGAGGAGUUUGAAAAAAUUUGUCAAGUUGACUCACCUGAAUCCCCCAAAUUGAAGGAAGAAGCUAUUGAGGGGAACCUGCCAAAAGUUGCUUCAAUGGGGACUAUUAGUGGCAUCGAACCUAAUCCUCCACCUUCACCUUCACCUUCACCUUCACCUUCACCUCUACCUCCACCUCCACCUCAACCUCCCCAACUACCACAACCACUUCUGGUGGAGCCUGCACAUCAGCCACAGCAGCAGAACAAAGAUGCAACACCACCAUCUAAACGGGGCCGUGGAAGGCCAAGAAGAGCAACUGCAGAUAAAUCUCCCUCUACACCAGUGCUCUCAGCACCUUCUGGAGCCAGUAAAGUGAAUGUCAGGUUACAGAAAGGAGCAGAUUCUAGCUCAUCAGCAUCCCCUGCUCUGGAUCUUCAUAAUAGGACAAGAGUUUCUCCUAACUUGCAGCCAAAUACACCCUCUGUUUCUGCUACUCCUGUUCAAUCUAGCCCACCUGGAUUCUCUCCACCAGUGCAGUCAAAAGGACAAGGUCAAAGGGCUCAAACUGGAGGACAAGCACCUCGUCGGAGGGGAAAGAAACAAGAACCAGCUUUCAACCCUACCGUUGAUGGUUUAGCUGGUCCUGCUCCUGAACCAAGUGAACAAUGUCAGAUUAAAUCAAUUAAUCCACCAGAUAAUCAAGCUGUUGCUAUAAGUGGUACUGUUCCGGGUGUUUCCAGUGUUCCUAUGGCUGAGUGCACCAAGCCUUUACCUAUUUCUUCUGGUGUGGAUUGUACUAGUGGAACCAAUCACCCUGCUGAUGCAGUGGUUAGUUUAAACUCUCAUUCAAUUCCUACUUCCCUUGGUGCCGCAAUUGCUCAAUCAGCUCCUUGUGCUACUGUACCUGUCCAAGUUAAAGACCAAGGCCGAAAGGCUCAGAGUGGAGUAGGAACACCUCGGCGUAGGGGAAGGAAACAGGUGCAAAUAUCAGGUACUGCUCUGGAUGUUUCGGCUGGUGAGCAUUCAAAAUUGAAUCCACAAGCACAGGAUAAAUCUGCAGAUGUAUCACCAAAUAAAGUCAUUGCAAUGAGAGGCAAUCAAGAAAAUGAGGCUAUUAAUCCAACAAAGGUUACUCAAGAGCAUGCACAAGGAACUAAUGCACCUGCUGUUGUAACUGGUCAGGAUAAACAUUCUACUGAACAUAAUAAUUUAUCUCAAAGCAAGCAACCUGAAAACUCACAGGAAGUGCAUAAUAGUACUACCAUAACCCUUGGGCCUGCUGUGGGACAAAUUCAAAAUGCUGAUGUGAAAGAGAAGGCUUCUGGGAUUUUGGAGGUUUCACCUGAAUGCUGUUCUCAAAAAGCUAUGUCUGGCGAGGUAUGUGGUAACCAAGGUGGUGCUGUACCUGUUAUACCUGUAUCUUCAGUUGCUAGUGCUACGAUGUCUUUGCCUACACCAAAUCCUUUAGAAGGUGCCUAUAAAACCAUCCCUAGUCCUGUUGCAAAGAUUACUCUGAGCUCUCAGCCUUUUCCAACUUAUGCUUCUGUUGCUUCAGCACCUCAGUCAGUCCCUUCCUGUCCUACUGAAUCUGUUCAAAGUAAAAGGCCAGGUCGUAAGACCACUAAUAGGGCAGAAGCACCUAGGCGUAGAGGAAGGAAACCUGCAAUUCCUGAUGCUUCAUCUGACCAAGACUUGAAAGUAAAUUGUCAGCCCCAGAAUAAAUCAAAGGAUUUAUUGGUCAAUAAAGCUACUGCAGGGAAGAGCAAUCAAGAUUCUGGCCCUCAUGAACUGGUCAAUGACACUCAGGUAUAUGCAUCUGAAGUUCAUUCUCCUGGUGCUUCAGUCAGUCAUGAUUCAAAGAGAAAAGUGACUAAUGCAAUUCAUGCAUUUAGUCGAAUUCAGACUGCUGAUGUAAAUGAUGUUGCACGAGUGAUGAAGGAGAUUUUCUCCGAAACCUGCUCGUCAAAAACUAAAGUUGGCGAACCUGCUGGGAGUGAGGGCAGGAAUACUCCUACUGCUCCAUUAUCAAGCAAGGUUUUUGAGGAGGUAGUCCAGAACCAAAGUUUAGGUGGUAAAUCAGCUGUGAGCAUACCAUCUCAUGAAAAAGCUGCUCCAACUUGUGAUGUUCCAACAGAAAAAAGUAAAAAGCAAUUUAAGAUUGAAGCUGAUGCAAAAGAACUGGAGGGCACUGCAUCUCUUGUGGUUAAUGCCCCUGUUCAGAGAGCUGAUUCUUUAAAACCAGAAUGCAAGACCCAUACUGGGUCAGACAACAUUACAAAUACAAGACAGAUUCCAAAUGAAAAUUCAAUUACAGAUACUAAUAUGGAGGUUUAUGGUACAUGCCCCCUAAAUGCUAGUGAAAAGAAAGAUGUGUCUCAAGGAACUCCUGCUCCUGGUGGUGAUCAAGUAGGUUCUAGAGUUCAACUGGACUCUCUCCAUAUAAUGGACCUGCCUCAAACUGCUGAGAGUGAUAAAACCAACAUAGAGCCUGCUUUUAAAGAAGCUCCCAAAACUGAUAAUACUGGUUAUAAUUCCAGAAUGGUUUUGUCUGUGUCAGGUAUGGUGGUGCCUUCUAUUAAUGAUUCUGAAACCAAAAAAGAAAGCCCUGGUAUGACUAGAGCUUCUGAUGGAAAUACUAGAAGCAUUGGUCUUAAUGAUAUUCCUGCAGAAACAUUGGUUUCAGAUCAAUCUGCUGUUUAUUUGAGUGGCUUAUCCUUUGACAAGUCAGACAUGGCUUCUAUAGUUACGGGAUGCUCUACAGAAGUCAUUGUUGUUGAAGGUCCAGAAGCUUCAGAAAACUCAAACAAUCUUGGAGCUUGUUUUAUGGAUGAAGACACAGCUCCGGCUCGUGAGACUGCUACUUUGAAUGAGGCUUCUGUUGACAAUUGCGAUGUGGAUGGUCAAGCUGAUGGCAGUGACUCUAAGGGUCACCCUGUACCUGAACCUGUUCUAUCUAUUACAACUGAAUCUACUGAUAUAGAGCUUGUUCCUCGAGAUGGUGGGGCCUUGCAACAAUCCUUGUUGGUUAAAGAUAGGGAGGGUAAUGGUGUUGAGUUUCACAAUAUGGAAUUAUGUCCCUCUGAGACAGAAGUGCCCUCUCUGAAAGAGUUUACUGCUGAAUCAGCCAGUAAAUAUCCUGCUCCAGAAGUUGAUGGUGGUAAGCAACUGUCUGCGGGAGUUGAAACUACUAAGGGUGAUUAUGUUGAAGUUUGCGAUACAGAAGUUAAAUCCUCAGAAAGACAAUCAUCUGAGUCAGCUAUGCGACCUUUGGAAAUAGCAAUUCCUGUUUCUGAUAUUUUACAGGACAAGAAUAUUGAACAGUCCAGGACAGAUGCGGGUGCAAAUGAGUCAGAGGAGAAAAGUCCUGUUGUGGUUAUGACCCUUAUCACAGAAAGUGCUUGUUCAGUACCUCAGUGCCAGGCUGCUAGUGGCCCUGAGAACAAGUCAGAUUCCAGACAGGAUUCCUGUGAAAUCUCAAUAACCGAGAACAUCAUGGAGGUUGAUUGUAAAGUUCAUCUUAGUGCUAACGAUAAAGAAGCUUUUGCUUCCCAGAGAUCAAAGAGUCCUAAUGGAGAUAGCUCUGAUCUUACUGUUGGGCCCUCUAGCAAUCAAAUAGACCUUCAGCAGUUGAAUUGUAAUAGUUGUGAAAACAAAACAGUGAUCUCUUCAGAAGACUCUCUGGAAGUGACUCAUUAUGACACUGGUAACCUUAAAUCCACCAUAGACUCUAUAAAUGCCAGAGAUGCUUGUAAUCCUUCUGGAGCGGUCCCACCUACUUCUGUUUUGAUGGAACCUAAUGUGGCCAGCUCUGAAGACAACAAAAAAGCUUCUUUGGAAUUUUCAAAUUCAUCUCCGCUUGAUAUUAGUUUUUCAAAGGCCAGUGUUGCUUGUGACUAUUCUGGAAUGAAUGCAGUAGUUCCUUUGAGUACAGACCAUUCAAUUGCUGGAAGCCUUCCUGAUCCAACUGCAAUUCCAUCUGAAAACAGCACAGAACCUUUUACAAGAGAGUCUUUAAAAUGUUCUUCUAUCAAUGUUGAAAGUGCUGAAGGUGCUCUGAAUGCCAUCAAAUUGCAUGAUGUUACCUGUCCAGAUAUGUCAGGUACGUUGGACACACCAGGUAUGGUUGAGAACAAUUCUGAAUAUGAAUCAGAGCCCCCAGAUAAAUCAGGCACAGUGGAUGCACCUGCUAUGGUUAAGAACAAUUCUGAAUGUGAAUCAGAGCCUUAUCCAGAUAAGUCAGGCACAGUGGAGGUACCUGCCAUGGUUGAGAAUAAUUCUAAAUUUGAAGCAGAGCAUUCUCUGAAAUCAUCUCCAAAAGCUUCUGCCUUCGAUUUUGAAAACCUUGGAAGUGCUGGAAUGUCUGCAAAACCUGAUGUUGAUGAUGUUCCUCCUGUGACUUCAAAUUUUUCUGCAAGUCCUCUUCAUUCAGGCAUGGUGGAGCCUCCUGCUAUUACUGAGAAUAAAUUGGGAAAGGAAACAGAACCUUCUUUGGAAGAGUCUUUACAAACCUCUGCCACCGAGAGAGGAAGCCUCGAGGCUCUCAGUAUUUCAACUAAAUCUCAUGCUCUUAGUGAUCAUUACCCAGUAGCUGCAGCUUCUGAAUCCCGUGGUGAAGUCAUUUUUGGUGGUCCAGAAGUUUCCCCAAAGUCCGAUGAUCCUUCCAUUGCUCCUGUAGUACCUGAUAUGGCAGCAGGCAACAAUAACAUUUUGCACGAGGCUUCUGAUAAUGUGGAUGGUCCAUCUAGUGGGAGUAAAAAUACGAGGGACUUGGUGUCAGACCCCAUCCACUUGGUUGCUUCUGAAUCUACUAAUAUAGAACUUAUGCCUAAAGAUGAUGAGUUGCAACAGCCAUCGGCUCUUGAAAGGGGAGAUGAUAACUCUGUUGAUGUUAGCAAUGAGGAAGUAGGCCCCUCUGAACAACCAGCACCUUCUCUGAAGGAUGUUGCUUCUGAAUCUGCUAAUGUAGAUUUUGAACCUGGGGAUCAUGGUAAGGUGAAGCCCUCUCUGGGAAUUGAGAGUUUAGGGGGUGGUCAUGUGGACAGGGAUGUUGACCCUUUGGAAAUGGAAGCAUCCAUUGAGAAAGAUAUUGCAGCUGUGCCAUCCAGCAUGGAGCUUUUUCCUGGAGAUCACAGUAAAAUGCAUCUUCAAGUAGGAGUUGCAGGUAGUGAAGGUGAUAGUGUUCCGGUUAGAAACACAAAAGUUGACCCCUCAGAAGCACAUGCAACUUCAUCAGAGGUUACCACCAAGGAGUCCCCUAAAGGAGAGCUUGUUCUAGAUGAUCAAUUUCAAGAGCUCCCAGGAAUCAGGAAGAUAGAGGCUUACCAUGUUGAGGCUUCUACUGUUGGACAAAACUCCUCAGACGCACAGGCAUCUUCACUGCAAUGUGGUGAUUCUGAUGAUAAAGAGCUUGUUCAUAGGUCUGAGGUUGAUAUUGUUGAGGCCUGCAAUCUGGAGUCAAAUCCCACCGAAGGACCAUCCUCCUCACAAGUCAUCUCUGACGCAUCUGCCAAUCCAGGGCUUACACACAACGAUCAAGUUACAACUGAGCUCCAAUCAGAAGAUCAUGCGGAGGCUUCUCAGCAGCCUAAGGUUGAAAAUGCUGAUGUCUCCAAAAUAAAAAUAGACCCCAUAGAAACAAAAGUUCCUUCACCCCAAUUGAAUGUCGGUGCUGAAGCUUCUCAUCAGCCAAAGGUUGAAAGCACAGAUGUCUCAAAUAUGGAAAUAGAGCCCAUGGAAACAAAAGCUCCUUCACCGCCACUGGAAGAUGAUGAUGUUGAAGCUUCUCAGCAGCCUAAGGCUGAAAGUACUGAUUUCUCCAAUAUGGAAAUAGACUCCACAGAAACAAAAGUCCCUUCACCAGGUGUGGAUGAAACUAAUGCAUAGAUUAACUUGGAUGAAGCUGGAGUUGUUUUAUGGUCAGAGGCAUCAUUCCUUUGAUCCCCUUCUCAUUGGCGCACCGAAUCAUUUUUUCCAAUUUGUAGAUGUUUAUCUAAUCCUAUCUUAGUUGUAAAGAGCUCUACAUUUGAGUUAUAAGCCUGAGCAUUAGAAAAUAGUUGGUUACUCAACUUGCCUUUCCAAUGGUUGAAUGAAUUUGGAGAGAAAUGCUGAGCUGUAUAAUGAAGCAACCAUUUGCUAAUAUUCACUGUUUUUCUCCAUUUUUUCGACCUACUCAUUUUGGGUAGAAAGGUAGAAAAUUAUUUUUAAUGUAAAGGUUGAAUUAUAAAAUAACACAUUAUCAAGGCAGGAUGUUCGCAAGCAUUUUUUCAUCGAGGAUUAAACAAAUAUCAAGGAUUUGGGCCUCUGACCGGUGGGUUUUUUCUCAAGUUUU